AUGACUUUAUUCUUGGCACUGGCCAGAAGCCGAGGAGUGUAAGUUCAAAAGCAAAUUGAAUACCUAAAAUUUAGAGAAGCCGGUCUAAAAUACAUUGUGCUUGCUGCAAUCCCCACAAUAAUAUUGUUGGUAUGGCCGAAAGAAAGUUGCGAUCAGAUCGUCCCUGAGCCCAGAGAUCCAAGCAUUCCGAUCGAUUACAUUGCUAUUCCUAGAUUUAUAUUGGCAGCUGUCUUGGUUCUAUUAACUUUCGGAUUUGGUAUUCAAUGGAUUCAACAUCAACUCUUCUUUGUGGAAAAAGCGAUAAUAGUUUAA